CAGAUAGGCAGUCUGCAGGCUGCACAGAUCACUGAUCAUAGGGAUGCUCAGGACAACAGUGGCUUUUCUUCUUCACGCGGCUGCCUCUUUGGCGGCCCCUGUGCCGUGUGAAGAGAAGGUAAUUAAUCUGGAAGCAGAAAUCCAAGGCCUGAAGACCCUGAUCAACGACCAGCAUGGCUACAUCCAGGCGCUCCACAACAGCCAGGCCGGGCAGCUGGAGCGCAUACCCAGCUCCCAUCUGGGCCCAGAGAACCUCUUUAAAGACUGCUCAGAGGUGUUUGCAAACGGUAACAUGGCCAGCGGGCUAUAUGUGAUCCGUCCACACGGCUCCCCCACCUCACUGAGCGUCUACUGUGACAUGAACAAUGGGGGAGGUUGGACCGUCUUCCAGAGGAGGAGAGAUGGCGAAGAGAGCUUUGACAGAGCGUGGGUGGAGUACAAGCAUGGGUUUGGUGACCUCUACUCCCCUGAUGGAGAAUUCUGGCUGGGGAAUAAAGUUCUACACAAUCUCACCUCCACAGGGAACCACGACCUGCGGAUCGACAUGGAGGACUUUGAGGGUAAUCAACGCUAUGCCGAGUACAAGAACUUCAAAGUGGACGAUGAAAAGGACCAGUACCAGUUACAUGUGGGAGAGUACACUGGGGACGCAGGGGAUGCCCUGGCUUAUUUGCACAGCCCCCCCCCUGUUGGAAAGAAACGGACUGGUCAAUUUCUUGCAGAAGAACUCCCUGGGUCAAACAGGAUCAAGUUCAGCACCUAUGACCAGCCUAAUGAUGGCAACAGGGAAAACAGCAGCAGGUGCAUCAGACACAGCCGAUCCGGCUGGUGGUUCAGCAGGUGUGAUUCAGGCAACCUGAACGGUCACUACUACAGAGGGCCGUACCAAGCCAUGGCUGAUGACGGGGUGGUGUGGUACACAUGGCACGGUUGGUGGUACUCCAUCAAAUCUGUGGUCAUGAUGGUGCGAGCCGCUGACCUCGAGCCUCCACCACAGGUCAUUGAAGAUCAUCAUGGCCGAUUUCAAGACUGAAAGCAAGAGAGGAAGCGUGUCUCCUGCCCAAGAGCUUCCAACACACAUCAAACAUCAUGCAGUGUAACCUCUCUAAAGUCUCUCCUCUCAUGUUUGACUUGUUCAACAAAUGUAAAUACUGCAUUUUUAAAAUAUCCAAAUAAAACUGUGUUGCUUUCA